GCGAUUUCAUGCUCGUUUUUGACUCUCUUCUUUCUGUACUUUACGCGGACGCGACCGCCAACUUCAAUCCGAUUCUCUCUCUCUCUCUCUCUCUCUUCACGGGCUUUCUCUCUCCUCCGUCUUAGCGUUUAUUUCGGGUUUCCCGACACCGCUCCACCGCCGGAACUCCACCGCACUUGUCCCCGCAAAACCUUCUAUUCCGUCGGUCAACGGCUAGAGUUGAGCGUCUUCUGACUUCGGGGCGUGAGCCGAAGUGAAGAGGCUGUGCUUGAUUGUUUUCGGCUGGAGUUUGCAGAUCUGAGCAGAGGCGGAGUGAGUUCUGGGGUUUGAUAGAGUUGGUUUAGGAGUGAAUGUCGUUGUUGUACUGUGUUUGUAUGUUGUGGUGAGUUUAGGGGGGGAAUGUGAAGGUUGUUGAUGGUUGUGCACGGACAAGGAAGAGCCGUGGUCGUCGGCGUGGUUGAUGAUGACUGGAAUUCUUCAGAGAGAUCGGAGCGGGAGGUGGUGGUGGUGUGCCAGUGAGGCUUUCACAUGGAAUGGCAGAUCUUGUUAGCUAUGGUAAUGCCGACCCUGACAUCGAGCAGGUGCUAAUUGCUUUGAAGAAGGGUGUUCAAUUACUAAAAUAUGGUCGGAAGGGCAAACCUAAAUUUUGUCCAUUUAGACUUUCUGAAGACGGAUCAUCUUUAGUCUGGAUUUCUAGUAGUGGAGAAAGAAGUUUGAAGUUAGCUUUAGUCUCAAGAAUUAUUCCUGGACAAAGAACUGCUGUUUUCCAACGAUAUCUGUGUCCUGAAAAGGACUACUUGUCUUUUUCUCUCAUAUACGACGACGGAAAACGAUCUCUUGACCUGAUCUGUAAGGACAAAGUUGAGGCACAGGUGUGGAUUGCUGGCCUUAAAGCAUUAAUAUCCUCUGGGCAAGGUGGGCGCUCAAAAAUUGAUGGAUGGAGUGAUGGAGUCCUCUGCUUUUAUGACAACACAGAAUUGAUAUCCAAUAGUGCAAGCGACAGCUCAGUAAGUGCUACAAGAGAUAUUAGUUCUUCAGAGGUUUCUGUCAGUUCCAACACAAUUACUUCUCCCAAGAGCAACAUGCCUGAGAAUCCUGUGCAUUCUGAAAGACCACAUGUAGCUUUGGACCAAAUAAAUAUGCAAGGAAAAGGUUCUGGUUCAGAUGCUUUUCGGGUUAGUGUUUCUAGUGCCCCAAGCACCUCUAGUCAUGGUUCUGGCCUGGAUGACUGUGAUGCUUUAAGGGAUGUAUAUAUAUGGGGUGAGGUAAUAUGUGAUACUAUUGUAAGGGUUGGGCCUGAUAAAAAUACAAAUUCUUUGAGCUCAAGAGCUGAUGUGUUGCUUCCCAGACCAUUAGAGUCCAAUGAAGUUUUGGAUGUACAUCAUAUAGCGUGUGGGGUCCGGCAUGCUGCUUUAGUCAGUAGGCAAGGUGAAGUUUUCACAUGGGGUGAAGAAUGUGGAGGACGGCUUGGCCAUGGUGUUCGGAAAGAUUUUACUCAACCUUGCUUAGUUGAAUCAUUAGCAGUUUGCAGUGUUGAUUUUGUUGCAUGUGGAGAAUUUCAUAGUUGUGCUGUUACAAUGUCUGGUGAACUCUACACGUGGGGAGAUGGGGCACAUAACGCAGGGCUUCUUGGUCAUGGUACUGAUGUCAGUCACUGGAUACCCAAGAGAAUUGCUGGUCCCCUUGAGGGGCUUCAAGUUGCUAUGGUUUCUUGCGGUCCGUGGCAUACAGCCCUGAUAACUUCAACAGGACAGCUCUUUACAUUUGGUGAUGGAACUUUUGGUGUUUUGGGCCAUGGAGACAGGGAAAAUGUUUCAUACCCUAGGGAGGUUGAAUCUCUUUCAGGCUUGAGGACAAUUGCCAUUGCAUGUGGAGUGUGGCACACUGCUGCUGUGGUGGAGGUUAUCGUAACCCAGUCUAGUGCAAGCGUUUCAUCUGGAAAGCUGUUUACUUGGGGCGACGGAGAUAAAAAUCGUCUUGGACAUGGAGACAAGGAACCUCGGCUUAAACCUACGUGUGUCUCAGCACUUAUCGAUUACAAUUUUCAGAAAAUUGCUUGUGGGCAUAGUUUAACUGUUGGCUUGACCACAUCUGGGGAUGUGUUCACAAUGGGGAGUACCGUUUAUGGUCAGCUUGGUAACCCCCAAUCUGAUGGAAAGCUACCUUGCUUGGUGGAAGAUAAGCUUCAUGGGGAAUCAGUUGAAGAAAUUGCCUGUGGUGCCUAUCAUGUGGCAGUAUUAACAUCUAGAAAUGAGGUCUAUACUUGGGGAAAAGGAGCUAAUGGGAGAUUGGGCCAUGGAGAUAUUGAGGAUCAGAAAACACCUACUUUAGUUGAAGCUUUAAAAGACAGACACAUCAAAUAUAUUGCUUGUGGGUCAAACUACACGGCAGCUAUAUGUCUUAACAAAUUGGUUUCUGUUGCUGACCAUUCUCAGUGUUCAGCUUGUAGACAGGCUUUUGGCUUUACCAGAAAGAGGCACAACUGCUAUAACUGUGGGCUUGUGCACUGCCACUCUUGCAGUUCCAGAAAAGCAUUAAGAGCUGCACUGGCUCCUACUCCCAGCAAACCAUAUCGUGUGUGUGAUUCUUGUUUUGCCAAACUGAGCAAGAUGGCAGAAGCUGGUGGUAAUAAUAGGAGAAAUUCUGUACCUCGCCUUUCAGGUGAAAACAAAGACAGAUUAGACAAGGCUGAGAUACGAUUAGCCAAGUCGGCAAUGCCAUCCAAUCUAGAUUUAAUUAAGCAGUUAGAUAAUAAAGCAGCCAAGCAAGGAAAGAAAGCUGAUACGUUCUCAUUUGGUCGUGCCUCUCAAGCUCUUUCUUUGUUACAGCUGAAAGAUGUUGUUUUGUCUACUGCUGUUGAUAUGCGUCGAAUAGUUCCCAUGCCAGUUGUUACACCUUCUGGUGUUAGUUCCAGGUCAGUGUCACCUUUCUCACGGAAACCUAGCCCCCCGCGCUCAGCAACACCCAUUCCUACUGCAUCAGGACUUUCUUUUUAUAAAAGCGGCAGUGAUAGUUUGAAGAAGACUAACGAACUUUUGAAUCAAGAAAUUCUCAAAUUACGUGCUCAGGUUAACAGCCUGAGACAUCGUUGUGAACUUCAAGAAUUGGAGUGUCAGAAAUCAACUGAGAAAGCUCAGGAAGCUAUGGCUAUGGCUGUGGAGGAAUCUGCCAAGUCCCGAGCUGCCAAAGAAGUGAUAAAAUCACUUGCAGCACAGCUCAAAGAUAUGGCUGAGAGGUUGCCACCUGGGGUUUAUGACACAGACUGCAUGAGGCUGGCUUCCCUGUCUAAUGGCUUGGAGCCAAAUGGCGUUAACUAUGUUGAUGCAAAUGGAGAGCAUCCUUCAAGAUCUGAUAAAAGGAACAGCUCUUGCUUAGCCUCGCCUACAGGAAUCGAGACUGCUGCAGUAAAUGGAACACGGCCCCCAACUGAGUUGUUGAGGGGGACAGCUGGAAGCAAGGAAACUAACCCAUACAAUCAAAGCCAGUGGCUUUUAAACUCGAAUCAGAGGGAUGAUCAUUCAGAUGUCAAACUUCCCAAUGGCGAUGUAGGGGUUCAAGGAGAAAACCAUGUUGAGGCUGUUCACAGCAAGGAAUCUGGGCCUCUCAAAGACGGUGAGAAUGGCAUAGAAUCUAGGAAUUCUGAAGUGCCUGUUAACAAUGAUCAAGUUGAGGCUGAGUGGAUUGAACAGUAUGAGCCUGGUGUAUAUAUAACACUUGUAGCUCUCCGGGACGGAACUAGAGAUCUUAAGCGAGUGCGCUUCAGCCGGAGAAGAUUUGGAGAGCACCAGGCAGAGACUUGGUGGUCAGAGAACCGUGAAAAGGUUUAUGAAAGGUACAAUGUUCGGGGAUCAGACAAGUCAUCAGUCUACGGCCAGUCUGCUCGUAGAUCUGAAGGAGCUGUCUCGCCAUCUAGCCAACUUUGA